UUCCCCGGACAGAUUUUUAAUACCCAUUCCCAACACCUUCCCUCGCGCGUCCAAGUGAAAUGACACAAUAAACUUGUACAAUCAUUCGGAUGACAGUGUUCAUCCAGCUAAGUAUAAGGGCUAAAGUUUUGAGAAAAGUGAGCUAGGACAUAGAGAAGGGAGCGUAGUUUAGUAAUCGAACGGGACCGGGAACGCAGCUCCAGUGACCAGUGUGUCUAGGAUCUCUGCACUUCCCACGGGUACGACAACAGUCCUGUCUUCCUCCAUCCGUCCGUCCCUGUCCCAGUGUAGACACCGAACACCAUGUUCACAGAGGUGCUAAUUGCUCUAGUGAUUGGAGGACUUAUCUACUUCCUGGUUCAGAGGAGCAGGAAGCAGGUUCUGAAGAUACAGGAUGGCUGGUGGGGGGCUGGAGCACCCCCUGAUGGCGAGGAGGAUGUCACCAUAUGCCCAUUUAAAGUCACUACCAGUGAUGACGAGCUGGAGGACCUGUAUAGAAGGAUAGACCAGACGCGUCCUGUUGCCUCAUUGGAGGACAGUCAGUUUAAUUAUGGCUUCAACUCCCAGUAUUUGCAGAAGGUUGUCUCCUACUGGAGAAAUGACUUUAACUGGAAGAGACAAGUUGACAAACUCAACCAGUACCCCCAUUUUAAAACCAAAAUUGAAGGCAUUGAUAUCCACUACCUGCAUGUGAAGCCCAAGAAGGUCCCACAGGGAACAACUGCUAUUCCUCUGAUAAUGGUCCAUGGCUGGCCUGGCUCCUUCUAUGAGUUCUAUGGAUUGAUCCCUCUGCUAACAGAAGCAUCAGACCCAGAAGACCUUGUGUUUGAGGUGGUGUGUCCCUCCAUACCAGGGUAUGGCUUCUCUGAGGCACCACAUAAGAAGGGCUUUGAUUCGGUUUGUGCUGCAAGCAUCUUCCUCAAACUUAUGAAGCGCCUGGGCUUCCAGCAGUUCUACGCUCACGGAGGAGACUGGGGCUGGCUGGUCACCACCAACAUGGCUCAGCUGGAACCCAAGUCAGUUAAAGGCUUGCAUGUAAACUUUGCUCCACCCUCCAAGCCUGGUCUGUCCGUGGUUUUAUCCAUGAUGCUCGGCCGUCGCUUCCCUAAGCUCUUUGGUUUCACUGAUGUGGAUAUUCAGCGACUCUUCCCUUGCAUGGAGAAACUGGUGGUGGAGUCCAUCAAAGAGUCUGGCUACAUGCACAUCCAGGCCACUAAACCUGACACUGUGGGACGAGGACUGAAUGACUCUCCAGUGGGUCUUGCUGCCUACAUUCUGGAGAAGUUCUCCACAUGGACAAACCGUGACUUCAGGAACCUUGAGGAUGGAGGACUCACCAGGAAGUUCUCUCUGGAUGACUUACUGACCAAUGUUAUGAUCUACUGGACGUCUGGAUGCAUAAUCUCAUCAAUGAGGUUCUACAAGGAAAACUUUGGCAAAGGCCUCGACCAGCCCCACUCCAAGAUACCGGUUUAUGUUCCCACCGGGUUUGCCUGCUUCCCCAACGAGCUGAUGCACACACCCAAAGCUUGGGUCAAACAGAAAUACCGUAAACUCAUGACCUUCACUCCCAUGGCUCGUGGUGGCCAUUUUGCUGCCAUGGAGGAGCCACAGCUGAUGGCUGAGGACCUCCAGAAGUUCAUCAAGACAGUGGAGAAGAAUAAGAAAUAGUAGACAGUGGUCUGACGAUUAGUGAAUGUACUAAUAGUAAGGUAUGAAAACACUGAUAAGCAGAUAAAUGGAUGGAAAGAAACUGCAAUACAGUGGUAAGCAUUACAUAGACACACACAUGUUGUGAAUCUAGAUAAUGAAGUAAGCACUGUGUAUAAUAUACUACAUAUACAGAGUCAAUCUAAUGCAGUGUUAAUACAGAAAAUGUAUCGGUCUAAAAAUGUGCAGUCAAAGAAGCAGGAGAGAAAUGCAUUCACAUUCAUUCACUUAAUGCAUUUCAUAUGAUUCAAGGUAUAGAGAUAAAAAAAUAGAUAAAUAUAAAAACAUUCUGCAAGUAUUGUAAAGGUUAGGUUGCUGUGCUACAGUCCUGAUAACCAACCACUUCACUUGUAGCUAACAAAAUCAGAGCGACAUGUGUCAGUGCAGUUUAAAGUCAGAAACCAGACACUAGCAUCAAUUCAGUAUUUCUCCAACUGAUCCUUUCUGACUUCCUCACAAACAAGCCUUGUAGACUUGAGAACAGUUUGCUAAGCAGCUGCAGAUGGGAGGUCAGGGGGCAUUAGUUGUUAGAGUGUUGACAACAUAGAUAAGGUGCCAGGCAUUCCUCUAACUAAUAACAUACAACAUCUUACUUAAACUACAACCACGACACUGCGUGAUUCCCUUAAACCUUUAGAUUAUAAUUCAUUUGAAAUUAUGUUUGCUAGUGUUCGUGAAAUGCAACAGUGUCAUUGAUUGACUUGGAUUUGCUGUUAAAGCUAUGAAGUUAAUUUCCUCAAAAGGUUCUUUAUAGUCUGUAUUUUUAUAUAUAGUACUUAUCAAUUAAGUUGAACUUGUAGUUUGUCAUAUUAAGUGAAAACAUGUUUAGAGAAUAUCGGUAUUUCAGAAUGUAUAUGCUAUGUAAAUGCUCUGACAUGAAGUCACUAGAGAUUUUUUUCAGCUUUUUCAGUACUAUUUCCAUUACUGUUUGGUAAAAUGAGACCUUUCCCUUUUUUAAACUGCAUAAUUUAAAAUGAAUUGCAGUGUAUGCUACCAUUUCAAGAUGAAUGAUGAAUGACAUCUUGUAUCUCAGAUCAUGACACGUUUUGUGACCAAAUAAAACUGAGUUGUGCACUGUUAUUUUUGACAGUAUAUGGGUAUCCACACAGUUCCAGUGGUAAUGGCA